GCUAAAACAGUGAAAGAUAGAACAGUCAAAAUGUCUUCGAAUAUAACCAACCAACAAGUCGAAGAUCUUAAAUUGGUUUCAUCUUUAUCAAUAGCAGUUGACGAGUCUUGUGACAUAAAUGACACAGCACAAGUUUCACUUUCUGUACAAUUUAUUUCAUCUACAGGUCCUAAAGAAGAACUUUUAGGAUUUUUGCCACUCAGAGGUCAAACACGUGGAGAGGAUAUAGCAAAUGCUGUAAUUGAGUGCAUUGAGAAACAUCAUAUUCCACUCGUUAAAAUUGUCUCAAUUUCAACAGACGGGUCGAAAAGUAUGACGGGCGUAAGAAAUGGGUUUGUUGCUAUUUUGAAAGAAAAAAUUAAUCACGAGAUACUUACCAUUGCAUCAUUCAUCAAGAAGCGCCUUUGUGCGCAGACAUUUCCAGAAGAAAUUUGUGAAGUUGUGGAAUUGGUGAUUAAGAUUAUCAACUCCAUUAUAGCUAAAGCUCUU